CGUGCAGCGUGGACGUGUUUUCGUUGCCGUUUCCGAGUGUUAGGGCCGCCGCGUAUGAUUUCGCGUAUUUUUUGUGGAUUACAAUAUAAGCAAAUAAAUUACGAAUCGGUGCCGUCACUCGUAAAAAUACAGUUCUCUUAGCCCCCGAAAUGGUUUUUUGAUGAAAUAAAUGAAUGCAAAGUGACCGAAAGUGUUAGUCAUACUCGAACCACAAGAUGAUGUGCUAAAAUGCAAAUCCAACGCCGCUCAUCGUCUCUCGCCGAGUCAAACAAGUUGCCAAGAUGUGGCCGAGGAAGCCAAUAAGUGCACACAUCAUACGAAAAUAGACAGAAAAGCACGCGAAGGCAGAAAGGAUUACUCUAGACAGAAACAAACAAAACAACGCAAAAGCCCACUGCAAAAUAGCGAAAACAACAGCGAAUUUCAUUGCCAACACGCGCAAAAACACGAGCAAAUAAGCAACAACGCCCCCAAAGCGAAAACAAAGACAAACCCAAAAGAAGGACAGAAACCUGCCCCAAAACCGCCACGAACUCGUCGAUCAUGCUGGCUGUCAAGAACUUCUUCCUGCCGGAGCGCACCAAGGCCCCGGAGACGCCGCAGCGGUUCUCCCGGAUGCCCGAAGCCUUCCUGCGCUCCAUCCGGAGACGCUCGCUGCGGGUGAAGCGGGCCAAGAGCUUGGUGGUGCCCGACCGCUCCGAGAAACGUAAAUCAGAUUCGUUUGUGAACAGCCAGGAAUGGACGAUCUCCAGGUCGGUGCCCGAUCUCAGGCUGGGAAUCGUCGGCUCCCUGAACUCUGGGAAGUCGGCGCUGGUCCAUCGCUACCUCACCGGCUCCUACAUGCAGGAGGAAUCGCCCGAGGGCGGUCGCUUCAAGAAGGAGGUCUUCAUCGACGGCCAGAGCUACUUGCUGCUCAUACGCGACGAGGGUGGAGCUCCAGAAAUGCAGUUCGCUGGCUGGGUGGACGCGGUAAUCUUUGUGUUCAGCCUGGAGAACGAGGGCAGCUUCAAUACCGUCUACAAUUACUACACGAAAAUGGCGCAUUUUCGGAACGGACAGGACAUACCCAUGAUACUGGUGGGGACGCAAGAUUCGAUCAGUGAGCGCAAUCCGCGUGUGAUUGACGACACCCGCGCCAGAAAGUUGGCCAGCGAUCUGAAGCGCUGCUCCUACUACGAGACCUGCGCUACAUACGGCCUGAACGUGGAGCGCGUCUUCCAGGACGCUUGCCAGAAGAUCCUGUCGCAGCGCCUGCCGCUGCCGGCGUCAGUGCAACCGCCCAGGCCCACAACCCCGCAAGGAAGUCGCCUCGGACUGGCCCCCUACCAGGCACCCACCAACGGACAGCACGGCCAGCACGCGCAACACGCGCAACACGCGCAACAUGGACAACACGGACACCAUGGAAUGCACGGACAGCGGGGACAGCAGCAACUGCCGCUGCGGAUAAGCGCGGACUUUGCGCAGGGGGAGCAGAAGCUGUGGUCUCUGCAGGCGAGCAGCUCCUCCUCGGCCUCCUGCACGACGGUGGCCACCAACGAGAACAACAACAUAACCAAAUACAACCCCGGAACGGCGGCCAACUCCCUGCAAGGCGACUGCUCGCAGGUGCAGCUGCGAGAUCCACGGGAUCUGGCACCGCCACCCGGCAAGGAGCUGCCCACGCCCACCUCGACGCCCACGACGAGUCGGAAGAGCCGGCGACGCUCGAACCUGUUCAUCCCCUCCUCCUCAAAGAAGGCCGACAAGGACAAGGAGCCGAAGGGCAGCGAGCUGGGCAGCGGCCGCUCCAUUCCCAUCAAGCAGGGCUAUCUCUACAAGCGCUCCAGCAAGUCCCUCAACAAGGAGUGGAAGAAGAAGUACGUGACGCUGUGCGACGACGGUCGGCUCACGUACCACCCGUCGCUGCACGACUACAUGGACGACGUGCACGGCAAGGAGAUUCCGCUGCAGUACGUGACGGUCAAGGUCCCGGGCCAGAAGCCGCGCGGCUCCAAGUCCAUCAUCACAAACAGUGCUCUGACCAGCUCGCUGCUGGCCAACGGCCACAGGGCCCAGAACACGCUCAGCGACGGCAUUGGCUGCCUCACCCUGGCCAAGGACAAUCAGCGCAAACUGAGCGAGAAGCUCUCCCUGCUGGGGGCCGGAUCGGGGGCUGCUGCCGGCGGAACAGAGCCCCUCAAGUCGAACAGCUCGCAGCAGACGAGCGGGGACGAGGGCAUAGCCAUGUCCAACUCGAAUUCGCAGACGUUCAUAGCUGGGGAGGCUGCGGCAACGGCAACGGCCACGGCCAGCAAGCUGGAGGCCCAGACGCCGAACGUGAAGAAGCGGCACCGCCGCAUGAAGAGCAGCAGCGUGAAGGCGAGCGAGGCCGACGACAACGAUGGCUACGAGUUCUACAUCGUCUCGCUGGACUCCAAGCAGUGGCACUUCGAGGCAGCCAACUCGGAGGAGCGCGACGAGUGGGUGGCCGCCGUCGAGCAGGAGAUCUUCAAGAGCCUGCAGAGCAUCGAGAGCAGCAAGACCAAGCAGGCGACCAGCACAGAUCUGGCUGCCAUGCUGACCAUACGUCAGCGGGUGCCGGGCAACGGCCACUGUGUGGACUGUGGAGCACCAAAUCCCGAAUGGGCCAGCCUCAAUCUGGGCGUGCUCAUGUGCAUCGAGUGCUCGGGCAUUCACCGCAACCUUGGCUCGCACAUAUCCAAGGUUCGCUCCCUGGGCUUGGACGACUGGCCAUCGCCCCAUCUCAGUGUAAUGCUGGCCAUCGGCAACAGUCUGGCAAACUCCGUCUGGGAGUCGAACACCAGACAACGGGCCAAGCCGACGGCGCAGGCCAGUCGCGAGGAGAAGGAGCGAUGGAUACGCAGCAAGUACGAGGCCAAGGAAUUCCUUACUUCGCUCGGCGGCGGCUCAUCGACGCACGCCAGUCCCAGUCCGGGACAGCAGCUGAUUGAGGCUGUGAUACGGGCCGACAUCAAGUCGAUUGUCUCCAUUCUGGCCAAUUGCCCAGCGGAGGUGACCAACGCCAAUGUUAGCGCCCGGGAUGUGCGCACUCCGCUGCUCCUGGCCUGUGCCAUAGGCAACCUGGCCAUUGCACAGCUCCUGAUAUGGUACGGGGCCAACAUUAAGCACACGGACCACGAGGGUCGCACGUGCCUGGCCUAUGCCCGGGCUGCCCAAUCACUGGCCACGGCCAAGUCGAUGAAGGCCGCAGCGGCGGCGCAGGCGGGCACAACCGUUCCCCCACCUGCUCCCCCCGCCAACGGCGGAAUACCGGCUCCGCAAUACAAUGUCGAGGACACGACGGCUCUGGUGGAGCUGUUGGAGGGACUGGGCUGCCCCGAGGCGGCUCCUCUGACCGCCAGCGGAACGCUGCCGCGUAGACGCGACACCCUGGGCACGCCGUACGAGAAGUCUGUGUCGGGAGUUAUCUAAAUUAGUUAAAUUUUCAAUAAGCUGACGCGGGUGUUCGAGGAUGUUCGAGGAUGUAAUGGAAUUAGUUGAAAUGCGAGAGGGAAAAUUGUAUAGCGAUUAGGGCAUAGGUUUUUAGGAAUUUGUGCAAAUGUAAAUGUUUUAUUAUUAUAAUUGAUUAAUGAUUAAUGGUUAUUAUUAUUUUGGCGAGCACUUUUAUCGAUGUUUUCAGUUCUUUUAGUUCCUAGGUCGUCCCAAAAGCCUGUACAGUCCUCUUGUUGUAAUCUCAAGUUUAUAAUUUAUUAUUUUCGUAUUACGUACUGCUAUUAUUACAUAUUAUUAUUAUGAUUAUUAUUGUUUUAUCGUGUGCAGGUUUUUAUGUCGUUUGCAAAACAACUAAUUAUGUAGUAAUAUUAUUUUUAACUCUCGAUUACCAUCAGCGGAUUGCGUAAAGACUUCUGAAACAUCCAUACACUAUAUACCAUACGCCUCUAACAAUAGGAACAGUAGGAGAGCUGAAGCUGAAGCUGAUGCAAAACAUACGUAUAAACAUGAAUGAAUCUAAGAUUAAAGCCAAAAACAAACUUAUACUAUACAACAUACACAAACACAUAUAUAUUAUACGAGUGUAUGUACACUCAUAGUUGAAAUUGCUUGAUAAUCGGUUACCACAAAUCAACACGCCUAAACCUAAACAUGAACUACUUAUGUAGCUUACGCUGAACCAAACUCACAAACAAACAAACAAAUUCUUUGCUAUGGUAAAUCCAACAAAACUUCUUAUUGAAAGCACGUUUAACGGAUUGCACUAGACCAGAAAUGACCAUCAGGCUGCAGUCAAAUCUGUCUGGGCAACAAAUUAAACUGAAAGUAUUUGAAACCAAUUAUACAAAGUAGCUAUAAAUCAAUCAAUAUAUAUAUUACUAUAUGUAUACACCCUCUAUAUAUUGUGUACGCUAUUUGUACGCACUACAAACCACAAAACGUGACAAACUCAAUCUAAUUGGAAGGAAAAGCAGCACACAAAACCACAACAAGAACAACAACAAAGAAGAA